AUGGCAGCGAAGAAGUCAGCACAAAGAGGAGUGAAAGCGAUUAGAAAAAACAGCCAAACGGACAAUAACAAGAGCAACAACAAUACUAAGAAGCUUAGUAAGAAAGACAAGAUUCCAAAGUAUGUUGAUCUACCCAGCGAUGAAGAAGACGAUAUUAUUGUGUCCGAUGAAGAUCUUGAAUUUUUUGCUCAGAAUGAAGAGUUUGCAGAUCUGUUGACAAAUAUGGAUUCGAAUGAAUUCACAAAAAACUUGACGUUGAAGGACGGAGAAGAGAACAAGCCCAAGAAAAAGCCUUCUCAUGAAUCUGACGAAGAAAUGGAAUAUGAAGUGAAGCCAAGAAAAGUAGCCAAUGAAUGGACAAAAAAGGAUUAUCACACAAAGUUGCCCAUCAAGUUACCAGGUGGUAAAAUCCGUCAAAUAAAUGAAGAAGAACUAUCAGAAAGGAAUAGAGAUCAAGGCAUAGAUAGUAAAGCAGAAACGGAUAGUCACAAAGAAGUAGUUAAGACUGAGACGACUGAUCUUCAGAAAGAGGCAGAGGAGGAUGAAGACGAAGAGGAAGAGGAAGAAGAGGAGCCUCAGCUCACGAAGAAAGAAUACAUCAUGAAGAAAAAAGAAGAAUUAGCUGCCAUUGCUUUAAAUAUUCAAGGAGAUCCCGAUGAGAAUAUCUCGCAAUUAAAAGCACUUCGUGAUAUAUACAGAGAUGAUAAUCCUACUAUCAGAAAACUGUCACUGCUCACUCAGUUAGCUGUAUAUAAAGAUAUUAUUCCUGGCUAUCGUAUUCGUCCUCUCACUCAAGCUGAAGAAGAAACUAAAGUAUCGAAGGAAGUCAAGAAACUCAGAGAUUAUGAAAAGACACUUUUGAGCAACUAUGAAGCCUUCCUCAAAGAUUUGAAUGUUUUAUUGUCGAGAAAAAAGACAGAAGAAGAUGCUUCCAUGUCGUUAGUUGCUACCCGUUGUCUAUGUGAACUUCUGAUUGCAAAGACUCAUUUUAACUUCCGUCUGGAAAUUAUGGUAGCCAUUGUUACUCGUAUGAGUACCGUUAAAUGGAACGAAGCAGCUCAGCUGUGUGCUGAAACGUUGAUCACAGUUUUUGAAAAUGAUGAAUCGGGAAGAUACUCCUUGGAUGCUGUCAAAAUGAUCAUUAGAAUGAUCAAAUCCAAAGGCUUCGUUAUCAGCGAGAAAGUUAUCGAUACAUUUUUGCACUUGCGACUCAAGGAUGAAUUGGCGCCUGUUCAUGGAAAGUCAGAAAAUGAAGAGAAGGUCGGUAAGAAGAGAAAGAACAACAGCAAACCAUUUUUGACAAAGAAGGCACGUAAAACUUUGAAGGAGACAAAGGAAAUUGAAAAAGAAUUUCAAGAAGCAGAAGCAGUAGUUAGUAAAGAAGAAAAGGAUAAGAAUCACACAGAAACGCUGAAAUUAAUAUUCGCCUUGUAUUUCAGAAUCUUAAAAAAACAGACAUCCUCGCCGCUUUUACCCGCUGUUUUAGAGGGCCUUUCCAAAUUUGCACACUUGAUCAGCAUUGAUUUCUUUGACGAUUUAUUAGCUGCGCUUCGUGAUGUUAUGCUUACUUUCGAAGACUCGAAUGAUAUUUCUCGAACCAGCUCUGGUACACGCAAACGACUAUUAUGUAUCAUCACUGCUUUUCAACUUAUGUCAGGACAAGGUGAAGUUCUGAAUUACGAUUUGAAAGACUUUUACACAGAACUCUAUAAGAUCUUAUUUAAAGCUACUUAUCAUACCAAGAUUGAGGAGAAGCCAGAGAGUCAAACUGAGAAUGAAAGUGAUAUGAUUAUCAAAUGCCUGGAACUCAUGUUUUUGAAGAAACGUCAAAUUCCUGUGAACAGAAUGGCAGCCUUUAUGAAACGAUUCGCUCUUGUGGCAUUGAAUAUGCCUAGCAAAACAGCUUCCCAAUGUCUUGCUUUAUCGAUGAGACUGAUGCAGAAAGACCAUCGUUUAGACGCACUUUUACAGUCAGAGGACAGAGUUGCCACUGGAGUUUAUUCUCCUUUAUUAGACGAUCCUGAACUUUGUAACCCAUUUGGUACAAGUCUGUACGAAUUGUUUCUUUAUCAGAACCAUUAUGACCCAAAUGUCAGAAAUUUGGCCAAAUCGUUGCAAACGGCCAAUUCCAGCUAA